UCGGAAGGGGGCCUCGGUCCUGGCUCAGCCAGUUCCACACAGUGCAGUCGAGUUAGGUAGUUGUAGUACCCUUCGCAAGUUUCGGUUCCAGUUUUAGUUCGAGCUCGGCCGUCAUCGAAGAGCGACCGCUGCAGCUGCUGAAGGCUCUUGUUUUGAAAACGCGCUCGCACCUUCAACAUGGAUCAUCAACAACAUCUUCGGUUUCCGCGCGUUUUUCGGACCGUCGCUGCUCUCCUGCUGCUGGUGUCCACCCUCUGCGUAGAGGCGACAACCCUGAGGACCUGCGAACCAAUACGGAUAAAUAUGUGCCGAGGUCUAGGCUACAACAUGACGGGAAUGCCAAACCUCGGUGGAAACGAGCUUCAGCAGGAAGCAGAAUACUAUCUGACUACGUUUACUCCUCUCAUCCAGUACGGAUGUAGCUCUCAUCUGAAGCUCUUCCUCUGCUCUGUUUACGUUCCGAUGUGUACGGAGAAGGUGGCCAAACCUAUUGGACCGUGUCGCGGGCUCUGCGAGAGUGUCCGCUCCAGGUGCUACCCGGUGCUGCAUGGCUUCGGCUUCCCUUGGCCGGACGCCCUCAACUGCUCGCAUUUCCCUGAAGAGAACAACCAUGUCCAUAUGUGCAUGGAGGGACCCAGAGACAUGGUCCUCUCUAGCGCCUCCAAGAGCAACGAUCAACCCAUGAUCAAUGCUAUCCCUGAGCUCAUGGACUGCCCUCAGCACCACGUCAAAAUAGAGUCGGGCCAGUGUGUGCCCAUCUGCGAUACGGACUACCUCUUCGAUGCCGCCGAAAAGAAGUUCGCCGAGGUGUGGGUGACAGUUUGGGCUCUGAUCUGUCUGGUGUCCAGCGUGACAGCAGCUUUGACGUUGUGCAUCGGGGGCGGAAGAGCGCGUGCUCGCCCCCUCGUCUUCCUCGCCCUUUGCUACUGCUUCGUGAGCGGCGGAUGGACGGUGAGGACGAUAGCUGGACGGUCGAACGUAUCCUGCCAGUCCUCGGAGGGUGACGUCUCCCAGGACGGCCUCGCCAACGCCAACUGCGCCUUCGUCUUCCUGCUUAUCUACUACUUUGGAAUGGCCGCCAACGCCUGGUGGGUCUCGAUUUGCAUCUGGUGGUUGGCCAAGGCUGGUCUCGGAUGGUCCCCGGAGAAGCUAGGCAGCCUUUCUUCGUUCCUGCACGUCGCCUCUUGGGGUCUUCCGGCCGCCCAGACAGUCGGAGCACUGGUCAGGAGGGACGUCGACACCGACGAACUCACAGGUACUUGUUACGUUGGAAACAAGAACGAUAGCACUCUGCUCUUCCUCGUCCUGAUUCCGCAGGCCGUGUAUUUGAGCUUAGGCGUCGGUGUCCUGAUCGUAGGUUGUCUGAAGCUGCUGAAGAAGCCGAGGACAUUGGCCGUGGCAGCACCGUUGACAGGUACAGCUCCACGCAAAGACAGCGACAUUCUAGGUGCCCUCGCUACCCUCUACGUUAUCCCAACGGCGUGCGUCUUGGCUAGCAUCUGCUACGAGUAUAACAACCGGAGUCUCUGGUACGCGACCGAAGAGAAACCAGUGGUCUGGGCCUUCCUGCUGCGUCACCUCAUGUCACUCUUCAUCGGCGUCAGCACCUUCUUCUGGUUGUGGUCCAAGAAGACGCUGACCGCGUGGAAAGCCGUCGCCCGACGGAUGGGACCUCGCAAACCGUUGGCGGUGAAGACGCUUCCGGUCAGGUACAACCCGCCGCCUCCGCCACCUGCAGCCGCCCACUCUCAUAUACCAUCAAAUUUGAGCACAACCAUGAGUACAGCCAGUCGCCACUCUCGACACUCCCAUCGGAAACCCAGAGUCCAUCAUCACAGAUCGGGUUCCGAGAACAUUCUGUAAAUACUACAAGCUACACUACACUUUGUACUUAAUUUAUGUAUACAUAUUAUUCCAUAAGACCCCUUUUAGCAUUUCUUUUUAAACAUAGGAGAGGGUUCUCAUAGACUUCUUUCUCACCAGUAAACGUUAAUGAUACUAGCUAGCAUAAACAAACAUCAAUGUACAAACUUUCAUCUUGGAAGACUCGAUUUCCUUGUACAGUGCCAUGUAUUUAGUAGUUCUAGGAUUAGGCCGCAUUUUUUGCCGCGAUCGCUAAACUCCCUGAUUCGAUUAAAACCAAUUUAAUCAUUCCGAAGAGUUUAAUUUUUUUUAAUAUACUA